CAUUUCAACUGCACUGCAACCCCCUUUCACAACUCAUUCGCUGCCAUCUGAUGUCUUCGGACUGACCCAUUCCUCAUCUUCUUUUUUUUUAUCUCUUUUGGAAUAUGCAAGGGCUCUCAUCAAUAACGGCUUAUCAAUGUAGCUCAUCCAACAUUAAAGGGACUGCAGCAAUAUAAAAAAGCAUCCAAGGCCGUUUGUGCACACAUCUCUUCUGCUUAGUGUUCAUAUAAUAUCCGUCUCCUUCCUUCCUUACUUUUCCCUUCACUUCACUUCACUUCACUUUAUUUCACUUCCACUCGCUCUCUUCACUCUCCCUCCAUUGCAUUAACCAAACGUCCUUCCACACAUAAACUAUCAUAAUGAACACCAAAGGAUACACCCUCAGUUACUACGUCUCCGGCCACGGAUUCGGCCAUGCGACUCGUGUCAACCAGAUCAUCACAGAACUCUUGAAAGAAAGACCAGCUACAGCAACCACAACGACAACCACAACGUCGACCGGAGACCUUGAUUCAACAGCAGCAGAAGCAACGAUGCCAUCACGCCAAAAACACACGAUCUACAUUGUCUCGGACGCACCCCAAUUUAUCUUUCAGGAUGUGAUUGCGCUGGGAGCCAUCUACAGAAACGCCAAGGUCGACGCAGGCGUCGUCCAACCAUUGGCAUACAGUGUAGAUCGAGAAAAGACCAUCGAGGGAUGCAAGAACUUUUUGUCUAAACGCGAAGAAACGAUUCAGCUCGAAGUCUCCUGGCUGGCCCAGGUCGGUGUUGACUGUGUCCUCGCAGACGCUCCUUUCUUGCCAUGUGCGGCUGCGAGCGCAUAUGGCAUCCCUGCGAUUCUUAUCACAAACUUCACAUUCGAUGAAGUAUAUCGGUUCCUGCGGGAGGGCGAUGCACUUGACAAGGAUGUGUUGGCAUGUGCGGACGCUGCGCUGGAGGACUACAAAAAGGCGUCACUGUUACUCCGCCUGCCAGGAUCGAUCGAUAUACCGGCAUUCGAGGAUGAGAUCUUGGCGAUGGAAUCUGGGGCGUUGACGACGUUAUCGACUGGCAGUCAAACGAACGGAAGGAGUCCAUCGAUCUCGGAUAUGGAUGAUACGGAAGAGGAUGUCCAUCAACAAUCAAGUGGCCAGCUACACACGUCGGCUAUUGAUAUCGAGGUGCAUUUUGCAGAUAACAAGAACAUGAAGGAGCAUGGGCAGGAGCAGGAGCAAGAAAAAGAAAAGGAAGAGCUUUCGGAAACAUCUAUGGGCGACACGACACCUGCAGGCGUGAUGUCGCCGGUUAUUAUGAGAACCGCGGCUUCGUCUCCGAAUCCGUCGAUCGUCAGCGGAGGCUUCAAUUCUGGACCAUUUUUGUCGUCAUUGUUAUCGCCAUCGACGUGUUUGCCAUCUCCGUCGAAGUUGCAGGCGGUCCCUCGUAGGGCCGUGGAUGUGCCGCUGGUGGUCCGGAUGGCGGUGAAUAGUCGCGAGGACGUGCUGCGGUCGUUGGGCGUGGGUGAGGAGUUGAUUAGGACCCAUAAGGUGGUGUUGGUAUCUUUUGGAGGACAAAGACUGAAGCAAGGAUGGGGAAACCCGUUACCAGAGGGGUGGAUUGGAGUGAUUUGUGGGUUACCUGUGGAACAUGAGUUACCGGAGGGGUUCUAUAGGAGUCCACAUGGUGUCUACGUGCCGGAUCUGACCCAGGCUGCGGACAUUGUUAUUGGCAAACUGGGCUAUGGAACGUGUUCAGAGUGCAUUGCUCAUGACAAGCCGUUGAUCUAUGUUCCGCGUCCGCAGUUCAUUGAGGAGCAUGGACUUAUCAACAUGAUGGUCAAUCACGGAUUGCCAGUCGAAAUGACAGCGGGGGAGUUUGAAACGGGUCAUUGGCAACGAGCGAUCCUGGAGGCCGAUCGACAGGCGAACGAGGAGAGGGAAGGUCGACGGCUGUUUAUGGAGAGCUCUGAAGAAGAUAAUAACGCUAGUCAACUCAACAAGGUGAUCCCAGAAUUGUGCGUGAGCCCAAUGACCCCAAUGGCACCGGCGGUAGUGCCCCUUUCGAUGGUUACCGAGGCUGAGGAACAGGAGCCGAGGAUGUCUGGAACGCGUCGCCGAUCGAGACGGUCGUCAUCUGUGGCAUCGCUUUCGGCGUUUAGACCUAAGGGGCCCAAAAUGGCGCGUCUGUCGACGGCGGGGGUGUGGGGGAAGUAUAGCUCGCCGGUCGAGAGAGGGGUGAGCGCCUUGCCGAGGAUGAUGGAAGAGGGAGGGUCGCCUAGGACCCCAGGAUCAACGGUGUGGUUCGAACGAAGGAUUCCGAAUAAUGGAGGGGAGGUGUGUGCACGCCUUGUGGAGGAGUUCAUGGCGCAGGUAGAGGCAUGUGAGGAUGUUUGAGAGGAUGUGUAUCUUGAAGGUGCUGCUUCCGUAUCAUAGACGAAGUUGCCAAGAUAGAGACCAAAAAGAACAAUACACAAUAAUAGAAAAGCAUCACUCGGA